ACAACACAAUAUCACUGCCUGAUAUCAAGCAAGUGAAUGGAACCGAGCGUUUUAUACCAUAGAGCACGCGGCAGGAAUCGGGAUCGGACCCUGUACAACGCAACUAACAUUCCUAUACUUCCUGAAAUGGAAAACAUGAGGCUAUCCCCAAGCAUGAAAUCACAUACUGCUCAGAACCACCGAACGCCUACACCACGCGCCCGCAACCAACCCCGCAUAAGCCAGGAUUCUACGCUCGUAUAAAUGAGCACCUACGAAGCCCUGAGGCCAGGGCUUUCCGAGAGAGGGGGGUAAUGUUAGGCGCACCUUACAGCGCCUGCGGGUGAUAUAGUAGCACGUGCGGGUCACGUGCUACCCGCUGCGGUAAAACCUUU